GACUUACCUUUAAAAGAGGGUUUGAAGGGAGUGCCUUGUGACGUUUCCAUACUGUAUAUAAAGGACCUCCUGUUUGUACUGUAGCAUCCUGACGGGAGGAUCCUGAAUUAACAAAAGUUCUAGAUAAUGGAGAUUACAACUCAACCAAAAGCAUUUGCUCCUAAAGACUUUCAGACUGGUUUGUUAAGCUGUUGUGAUGAUAUCAGCAUAUGUUGUUGUGGCUUGUUCUGCCUGCCGUGCUUGGGUUGCUCUAUUGCUAGUGACAUGAACGAAUGCUGCGCGUGUGGUUUGGGGAUGCCCAUCCGAAGUGUUUACAGAACAAGAUACAACGUCCCGGGAUCCAUGUGUAAAGACUUUCUUGUCAACUACUUCUGCAUGACCUGUGCUGCCUGUCAGCUGAAGAGGGAUAUUAAAAUAAGGAAGCGUACCGGGGAAUUCUGAGGAAAGCAAAGCAUCAUCUUACAGGAUGUCCCGAAGUAACUUUAUUUUCCAAAGAAAUUUGCCAGUACUGCAUUUGGUCCACAGACUUUAUUCAACUUAAAGAGGCGGUUUCCCGGACAGGGUUUAGGCUAAUCCAGAACUUUAGGCUUUAUUUCACGGAUAUAUGUUAAAAGUAGUCAGGAAUGGGUGUUUUUAAAUUUAAGCAACUCAAACAUGCAUUUUGGUCUGGGACAAUGUUAAGCCCGGUCUGGGAAACCACCCCAAAUGGUUUAUAUCAAUUAUGCUUAUGGGAGGCUUACGUUUACAGAUUUUUUUUUACUUUAAAUGGAUAGUUUACCUAAAAAUGAAAAUUCUGAACUAAUUCAUCCUCAAAUUGUUUCAAACCUGCAAAGGAAUAUAUUUGUAAUCAAGCAGGAACCAGGCGCACCAUUGACUUCCAUAGAAAAAUUAAUACUAUCAAGUCAAUGGUGCUCCACAACUCUUUGGUUACAAUUAUUGCUCAAAAUAUCUUGUAUCUUAUAUCAAAAAAUGUAUUUAGGUUUGAAACAACGUGUGGGUAAAUUAAUAAAUUUUCAUUUUUGGGUGAACUAUCCCUUUAGGCGUUUAGGUGUUUUAUAGGUUCAGUGUCCAGCUAGUUAUUAUUUGUCAAACUUUAAUCUCAAGUUUAUAAACAAAUAAUUUUAUGAUGUUACUUCCCAAUACAUUUUCUUGUAACUACGAUAUAAGAACGAGAAUUAUAGUGAAUAUUUCUAAGGGCAGGUACUGCUGUUACAUGAUCCGGCUGCUUUUUCAAUGGCUUAUUGUUCGUAUAUUUGCUUAUGUACUUAUUUAACUUUCUCCUUUCUUUUAUUUCACUCCAGAACACCGUCUAUACAUACAUCACACUGUAUGACACUACUGUUUAACUUUGCUCUACAUUACAUGGAAGUCAUGCAAUUCUGUUUAUUUUACUGCAUGUACUCUUUAUUAAGAAGAGAGAGAAAGAGAAUGCAUAUUAUUAGUUAUGUUUGUUUAAAUAUUUAAUGAUAUCAAUCAAUUGUAUCUUUAGUUUUAUCAAUCUAUCUGUUUAUCAAA